AUGCCGGCCGAAAGGCGUUCUUUGCGAUCAAACAAUAAAUCCGACACCUCUUCAUCUGCUAACGGUGAAAAGGCAACCUCGAACGCUCAGAGCUCGGGUGCGAAAGACAAGGCGCCCACCACUCGCGCCGCCGCCAAUAAGGCCAAGUCAGCUCCGACCAAGAAAGACGCAAAGGGCGCAUCAAACGGCAGCAUGGGAGAGAAUGAUCAGUCGCAUACGAAUGGUUCCAAGUCAACCGAGAAGGGUGUGAAUGGAUCCGAAGAUGUUGAGAUGGGAGAGGAUACGGCAGGUGCGCCUACAUCCUCAUCCAACACCAGCAAGGACCGCAAAAGUAACGAGAAGAUGACUGUUGUAGUGCCCCCGACUAAGGGUUCCAGAUCUUCCGGCAAGGAUAAGGAGGAGGAUGUGACGAUGGAAGGUGCGGAGGAUGGUGAUGUCGAGAAUACCGAGCCCGAGGUCGACCCGACAACCAAGGCGAUUCAAGACAUCAAAUUCAACUUCACCUUGCUCGAGCGAGCCGUUGCCCACUUCGACCCUAGAUUUACCCUCCGUGUUCUCCGAUCGAUAUCGUCGAUGCGGAAACACCUCACCCCGGAGGUCCUCGCCGAAGUCAUUGUGGAUACCUAUUCCGCUUCUAGCUCAACCGCCUCGUUCCUGUUGGAAGCUCUUGGCCAAACCAAUGCUUUCGAGAAUGCUCCAGCUAGCUCGCAGAUGGAAGUUGACUCGGAUAAGAAGCCCAUCCCUAAGGAGACCCUUGCUGAGGUGGAUGCAUAUCUCUCCAUUCUCGUCCAGAUAUACUUGUUCGAUCAACGGGAGAUUCAGAAGGGAGUCCAGUUCUCGACAAGCUUGAUCGAGCGCCUGCGCGCACUGAACCGCCGUACGCUGGAUUCUCUCGCCGCCCGCGUGUACUUUUACUACUCUCUCUUCUUCGAGCAAGUCGCUCCGCUUCCUCCUUCUCCCGCAGCGGCUGUUACCACUAUCCGCCAGCCACUGUUGGCGGCACUGCGCACAGCUGUGCUCCGGAAAGAUGUCGAUACGCAGGCUACUGUGAUGACCUUGCUGCUUCGCAACUAUCUGUCCACGUCUCAUAUCUCACAGGCAGAUCUACUGAUCUCGCACAACCCAUUCCCCGUGGCUGCGUCUAACAAUCAGAUUGCUCGUUAUAUGUUCUACCUCGGCCGCAUCCGUGCCAUCCAGUUGCAAUACACGGAGGCCCACAGCCAUCUGAUCGGUGCUACCCGCAAGUCACCUGCCAGCCCGGUUGCUCGUGGGUUCUACCAGGCUUCCCAUAAGUUGUUGGUCGUUGUGGAGCUGUUGAUGGGUGAUAUUCCUGACCGCGCAGUCUUCCGCCAGCCGGCUUUGGAACGGGCUAUGCACCCUUAUCUGUUGCUUUCUCAGGCAGUCAGUGUUGCUGAUCUGGAUGGUUUCCUCAACAUUGUCAACACUCACAGCGAGACUUUCCGGAAGGAUGGCACAUACACCUUGAUCCUGCGUUUGCGACAGAAUGUUAUCAAGACCGGUAUUCGCAUGAUGUCGCUGUCUUACUCCCGUAUCUCUCUGCGGGAUAUUUGCCUUCGCCUUGGACUUGACAGUGAAGAAUCUGCGGAGUACAUUGUGGCCAAGGCUAUUCGGGAUGGUGUCAUUGAGGCCACACUUGAUCACGAGCACGGGUUCAUGAAGAGCAAGGAAGUUGGUGACAUCUACGCGACUAGAGAACCUGGCGAGGCCUUCCACGAGCGUAUCCGCGCUUGUCUAGCCCUCCACGAUGAGAGUGUUAAGGCUAUGCGUUUCCCCAUGAACCAGCACCGCCUGGAGCUCAAGAGUGCCCAAGAAGCUCGGGAACGAGAGCGCGAGCUUGCCAAGGAGAUCCAGGAGGGAGACAUGGACGAUGAAGAUGCCGGUGGUGAUUUCGAUGCCAUUUAA